CCUCUUCGUCGGCUUCCUUUCAGUUUGACCACCGCUGGAGUUUUUCUUCUUCUUUCUUCCUUCUUCCAUCUUCAGACUUGAAUGAGCGACGAGCAACGAUCGCUGCUUGACGGCGGUGUCAACGGCGGCCACGAGGGUCUUUCCAAGUCUGGCGCACGAGCCAACGGCUACAGUCCAAUGGUCGCCUACGCAUUCACCGUCAACAUGAUCAUUGGCGCAGGCAUUCUCGGGUUGCCGUUCGCAUUCUACAACGGUGGCGUGGUGCUGAGCAUCAUCCUGCUGUUCAUUGCCAGCUUCCUGUGCUUUGUCACGCUGUGCUUUCUGAUCGAGGCAUGUGCACGCGCGGAGGCGUUCGCGGACACCCUCGAUGGGUUUGCCGAGCCAAUGGCAAUCAACGAUCGCAAUGACAGCGAGCACGCUGCGCUCGUCAGGCCUGCCGCGUCGUCGGCAACUAACCGCCUGUCGUCGCACGGCACGUUCAGCUCAUCCUACUCUGCCAGACUCGCCGCGUCCAAUUCCGCAGUGUCGUCCGCGCAGGCGGCAGAAGAGCUCGCCAUGGUGCAAGAGCGCAUGACGAUCGGCUACUCUGGUCGCAAGUUUGAGGUCAGCGAGCUGUGUGGGCUGUUCUUGGCCAUCUACGUCGAGCCGAGCUCGUGGUGGGCUCGCUUUGCCGAUGCAAACGGCUUCAUCCACCCCGUCCGGCGCUUUUACGAGCUCUCCAUCUUUUUGUACAACUGCGGCGCAAUGUGGCUGUACAGCUCCAUCUUUGCCUCGGCGCUUUCGGUGGUCAUUCCGCUCACGUUCCUUUCGGGCUACCAUUCCGUCCAGCCUGAUAUCGGCACUGUCUGCCAGACGGUCACGUCCUCGGGCGCCGACGCGUACUGCGUCCACGCAUACUACUUUUUCCUUGCCCUCUAUGCCACCAUCAUGAUUCCGAUUGUGUGUCUCGACCUCACGGCCCAGCGCAAGCUGCAAAUGUCUCUGACUCUGUUCGCUUUCUUUUGCAUGAUUGUCAUGAUCAUUACGGUGCUCGUCGCUGUGGACCACGCGCCCUACUCGACCGCCCUGCCCAACGUCAGCACUUCGGCCCCGUACUUUGACACGUCUCGAUUGUUUGAGAUUAGCGGAUUUGGCAAGAUUUUCACGACGGCCAUUGUCGCGCAGGUCGCUCACCCAGGUGCGCCUGGCUUUGUUGUGCUCGUCCGCGAUAAGAUGAAGACGCGCCGCAUCUUUGGCGCCGCGUUGAGCUCCACCUUCCUGUUUUACGCUCUCCUGUCGGCACUCUGCGCCAUGUACUUUUCCGACAGUGUGCAAAGCGUUGUGACCCUAAACUGGAAGACCUACUCUGGCGAAGCCUCGACUGGUGAGUCGACCCCAGUGUGGGCGCAGGUCGUCUCCUACCUCAUUGUGCUCUUCCCGACCAUCACCGUCAGUGCCGCCUUCCCGCUGUAUGCGAUUUCCCUCGCCGAGUCCCUGGCGAACGCUGCACCAGCAUCCCUCCUGCAAAAGAUUUCCCGCAAGAAGCUCAACUAUGUUUUGCGCAUUAGUCUCGCGCUGCUGGCCAUUGGCGGUGCCGCGUUGGUCCGAGACGUGAGCAAAGUGCUCGAGUUUGAAGGCCUGUUCGGGUUUGUUUUGGCCUUCUUUGCGCCAUGUCUGUUGCAAUACUUCUCCAAGCGUGUGUGCAUCCGAAGAUUUGGCCCGGCAGCAGAAAAGACACCGUAUUCUUGGCACUUUUCGCACGACGGAUACGCCAUCGGCAUCAUGGUAGUGACGUUUGGAUGUUUUGUAUACUCGCUAUACACUGUCAUUCUCGACUACUCAAGUUGAUAAUGGGGGCUGCUGUUAUUUGCUCGAAAUUGUGAUUGUCGUUUCAUGUACUCUCUUCCGUGACAAAAAAACACAACGUGCUAUAUUUUACA